AAACCUAAACUGAAAAAUAAGAAACCAUAACGGCUCCUAAAAAUCUUAAACUCUUCAAAACAAAACCAAUGUUGAAAAGCUCAAUCUUCUUGCUUCCUCGUUUUCCAUUAUCUUCUCCAUAUCACAGAUUUAGUCCUACCCACCCGCUGGCACCUUGAUAGAAAGAAACAAAUGGUAGGGCGAGUUCUAAAAACAACAAAGCAGAACAAUUUGUUUUACCAAAAUGAACACAGCACCUGGACCUUUGUCUCCAAAAUUUAUUCCUGUUGAAACGAGUGAAAUUACUUCAGUAAGUAAAUCAGAUGGUUUUAAGUUCAGUUUUGUAUCCUAUAACAUUUUGGCUCAGGCAUAUGUAAAGAGUGCUCUGUUUCCACACUCCCCAGCGCCUUCGCUGAAGUGGAAAGCCCGUUCACAGGCAAUCCUUACAGUUCUCAAGAGCCUUGGGACCGAUUUCCUUUGCUUACAGGAGUUGGAUGAAUAUGAUAGCUUCUAUAAAAGAAAUAUAGAGAGUUUUGGUUAUUCAAGUAUCUACGUCCAAAGAAGUGGGCAGAAGCGUGACGGAUGCGGGAUCUUUUAUAAGCAGGAUUGUGCAGAGUUGGUCAUUGAAGAGAAGAUAGACUACAAUGAUCUGGUACCCUCAAUUCAAUAUGAUACUGCUUCCACGGAUAAAGAGGCAAAUUUACCUGCUGAUGGAAAUAAAAAAUUAGAGUCAAAAGGUGAUCUCAGUUCGAAAAACAGUCAGGCAGAUCGUGGAGACCUAAAUGAUCCUCGUAUUAGAUUAAAACGUGACUGUGUGGGUAUUAUGGCUGCCUUCAGGCUGAAGGAUCCUUGUCAGCUUAUCAUUGUCGCCAACACUCACAUUUACUGGGAUCCCGAAUUGGCCGAUGUCAAACUUGCGCAAGCUAGAUACUUGCUUUCACGCUUAGCUCAAUUCAAGUUACUAGUAUCAGACAAAUUUGAUUGCUCGCCUUCUGUGGUUGUUGCCGGUGAUUUCAACUCCACUCCUGGGGAUCAGGUAUAUCAGUGCCUUAUUUCAGGUUCCUCGCUAGUGGGGACUCUGCCAGAGAGCUCAGAUGAUAUGCCGAUUCCGUUGUGCAGUGUAUAUGCAAGCACUAAGGGAGAACCACACUUCACGAACUGCACUCCUGGAUUUACUGGAACUUUAGAUUACAUACUAUUUUCUCCUUCAGGGGAUAUCAAACCAGUCAGCUACCUCGAACUACCAGAGCCUGAAGCCUCAGAUGUACAAGGUGGUCUACCAAAUUACUAUCAUCCUAGUGAUCAUCUCCCAAUUGGUGCUGAAUUUGAAAUAGUUCAAUAGAUUUGUGGUUAUAGUCCUUUGUAGCCGUCUGAUUUUUUAUUUGUUAUAUUUAUUUAUUGUUAAGUAUUAUUAUUAUUUUAUGGAUUGUCUGGUCUCUUUAUCUUGCAGUCAAGAUUGAGGUGUAUAAACAGUCAUCUUAACGUGCAAUUAAGUUGUAAGAUUUUCUGUUUUUUCGGGUCGGACCUUAUCAACUAUAUUAAAUAUGCUGAGGUUGGAAUC